AUGUCGCUGCUCACCUCCCUCACAAUUCACUCCUGGGCGCUCCGUUCUCCUCGCUAUCACUUUCGUCCUCGAGGCUGCUGUGACGCUGACAGGGUUGCCACACUUCUUCGUCUGCUCACAGCCGGUUGUCUGUGCUGUAUCGCUGUUGGAUUCGUGUUUUAUUGCGGUUCUAUUGGUGUUAUAAUCACUUCUGGACCAAACCGGCCACACACGCUCAGGGACGACACCACGAGGCUCGUAGCCUCCACACACACACACGAUAAAGCGAGGAUGAAGAUCAUCAAGUUCGUCACGACGACCUCGAAGCGCAUAUCGCGACAUGCCAGCUUGGUCGUUCAGAACAUCAACCGGCACCGACCAGCGCUUCUGGCCCAAGGCGCGGUCGUCGAGAGUAACGAGCAGAUUGUCGAGGACGUUGGGGAGAGAGAUGACGCUGAGGGAUGGGAGAAGGGGACAGAAAGUCGAGUUCAGGGCGAUGUGAAGCAUCGAGAGCAGGGUUGCGAGAAAGAUAGCGAGGCAGAGGACCAAGGAGUAGGCAAGGGCAUAGAAGCGGCGCGGGAGGUAGUCGAAAUCGCGGAGAAACUACGCGAUGAGUGUGUCGAACAUACGGUAUACGCUGGAAGACGGAGAGCGCUAUUGAUUGGGAUUCAGUUUUAUCAGGACCAGCCGUCUCCUUCGUCUCAACCAAAGUCUCAGACCAGCACCGACGGUCAGCCGACGACAAACUCCCAUGGGAUGGCUCCUGAAGGGUCAGCAGUGGCUGGGAUUCGAGAAGGCGAUGCUGCACCAGCAACACGAGGGGUUAUCCCUCCGAUUGCAGACCCCGUUCCCCCUCUCCCACUCUCUGACGGCCAUCUCACUUCGACCUCUCCCUCUCCCUCAACAGUCCCAGUUACGACUUCAAUCUCAUCUUCAACGCCGGCGAUGGCCACGGGAACAUCUGCAACGGUUUCUGCAAAAUCUCCAGGACCUGCCUCGACACCUAAAACAACGACGCAUCAAGACGCAGUACAAACGCUUUCUCGGACAGCAACGUCUCUGACAUCCGUCACUCCACCCCCUCCUCGAACGGGUACGUCGACGUCGAAGGAUCUAGCCGCUUCUUCGACGACCUUGGUUUCGAAAGCGAAAGCCGCGGGAACCAAACUUGCCUCGUCGGUCGCUAGUAUCGGUCGCUCGAGCGGAACGACUACCAGCACGGGUCCAGAGGUGGCCAAUUCCGGACACAAGAAGGCAGCAUCGAGUGCGAGUUCGGAGGCAGUGGAGGGUGUAAGUGAGCUGGACGAGUUGAAGGGGUGCCAUAACGAUGUGGCCGAUAUGAGGAAGGUUUUAAUUGAGCUGUAUGCGUACAAGCCCGAAGAUAUCAUCGUCAUGCUGGACCAACCUGCCUCGCCCUGGUCUUCCGACCCGUCGUCAUCGUCGCCUGAUUCCAACCAGCCUGAGACGAAUGAGAAGAAUUUUACAGGUGCAGAUCGAAGCCUUGUGCCGACGAAAGACAACAUACUACGCGAGCUUGAGAGGUUCACGGAGGAUGUGAAAGCUGGAGAUCGAUUAUUCUUCUUCUGUGCGUCUGUCUGCUUAUCCUGUUGA